GCGGCGCUGGGAGUCGCCGCGGACGCCAUUUCCUCAGCGCCCCCGCGGCGGCGCGGCUGCAUCAGCGCUGACGUGAGGGCGACGCGCGGCUCUGCCCGGCCCAAUCCCCCUCCACCCCCACCCCCCCUGUGACGGGGGCAGCGCGCACAGGGCGCCGGUGCAGAGAGUGGUAGGAGAGAGAAAGGGAGCCGAAGAGAACCUUGUUUUAACACACACACAUCUUCCGUUAUGACUAAGAGUGCCAAGAGAUAUGGAAAAGCAACCGUAAGACAGAUGACCAUGGAAAUGGUUGAAUCGCAACAGGAUGAAAAUACAGUGGAUUCUCUGCCAGACAGAGAUGCUGUUCAUGAUCAGAGUCAGCCAGGCAAAAGUCGUAUUUCCUCAGUACCUCAGAAGCUGUUUGAACUGUGUAGAACACCCAAACGAGAAGCUCGAUGCCUUUUCCUCAGUGAAGAGCAGAGGUGUGAGGUGGAAAACGUCUCCAUGGGUUUUGUCUCAUAUACACAGGUUUCUGUAGCUGCAUCAAGUGCUGGAAGAGGAUCUCCAGCAGUAACUCUAGUGCAGUUGCCUUCUGGUCAAACUGUUCAUGUCCAGGGUGUCAUUCAAGCCACACAGCCCUCAGUCAUUCAGUCACCACAAAUGCAAGCUGUUCAGGUAGCAUCGAUUGCAGAUGAGUCUGCAGAAUCAGAAGAGAUAAUUGAUUCUCAAAAACGUAGGGAAAUACUUUCAAGAAGGCCUUCAUACCGAAAAAUUUUGAAUGAACUCUCUUCAGAUACUCCUGCAGUCCCGAAGAUUGAAGAAGAAAAGUCAGAAGAAGAAGGAGCGCCUUCUGGAAUUUCUCCAAUGUCCAUGCCAACCAGCCUGUAUCAGACUAGCUCAGGGCAAUACAUUGCUAUAACUCAAGGUGGUACAAUCCAGAUUUCUAAUCCACCCUCUGAUGGAGUCCAGGGACUGCAGGCCUUAACGAUGACAAAUUCAGGAGCUCCUCAGCCUGGUGCUACCAUUGUGCAAUAUGCGGCACACUCGCCUGAUGGCACACAACAGUUUUUUGUUCCUGGAAACCAGGUUGUUGUUCAAGCUGCCACUGGAGACAUGCCAGCUUACCAGCUUCGAACUCCCACUACUACCUUACCUCAGGGAGUGGUAAUGGCAGCCUCGCCAGGGACUCUGCAUAGUCCUCAGCAGCUGGCAGAAGAGGCAACGCGCAAGAGAGAGCUGCGACUUAUGAAAAAUAGGGAAGCUGCCAGAGAAUGUCGCAGAAAGAAGAAAGAAUAUGUCAAAUGUCUUGAAAAUCGUGUGGCUGUGCUUGAAAACCAAAACAAGACUCUCAUUGAGGAACUCAAGGCCCUCAAAGAUCUUUAUUGUCAUAAAGCAGAAUAACUGUCUUUCAUUUGGACCUUGUUUAUUAUGAACUUUAAUCAAGGCAUGAGAGGAAGCAAUUCUACAGAUUGCCAUAUGAACUUGAGAAAGAGACACUUGAGGCCCUUGUGGAACCCAGUUUUGCUUAGUGUUUUCAGACUGAUUUGGGAGAUAUUCCAAAAUUUGGAAUUCAGUCGUAGUCUCCCUACUCUGCUGAGCUUUCUAAUAGCAUGCAAAUGGCUUUUUUGUUUGCACUUUUUACUUCUGCUUUUUGCAGGGAAGCUGCUAAAGAAUGUCGACGUCGGAAGAAAGAAUACAUAAAAUGUCUGGAGAGUCGUGUUGCAGUGCUAGAAGUUCAGAACAAGAAACUUAUAGAGGAGCUUGAAACCCUUAAAGACAUUUGCUCUUCCAAAACAGAUUAGUAGAAAUAUUUAUUAUACUGUGAACUGACUAAAAUAUUUCCAGUUGCUUUAUAAGGCAAUACAUAGCCAACAUGAAUUAUGGUUUUCUCUUUGUGUCAUUUAUAUUAUAUUCCAACUUCUAACAUUCCCAAAAUGCUUUCCUGCUUUUUGUCAAUUCAUAGCUCCAAUUUCAGGUUUUCCACGCUCCUCCUUUCCACCUCGCAAGGAGCCAAAUGCUGUAAAAAAAAAAAAAAAAAAACAAAGUGAAAAAGUGCAUAAUUUCUAAGAGCUGUUUCUUUGCCAUAUAUUUACAUACUACUUUUUACGUGUUACUGCUAGUGGCCUGCACAUACAAAAUAUUUUACAGUUGUUUUAAAUGAAUCACAAAGGUAAUGCAUCCAGUAAUACAAGAAAAUCAAACAACCCAAGGUAUCUCAGGAAAGAGUUUAUAAAAGAAUGUUAUGAUUACAUGUAUGUACUAGCAUACUAGUCUACAAAUGAUUUUAUGGCAUAUUUUUAUAUUAGUUGCUUUGUGGGGGAAAAAAAGUAUUGUAUUGCUGUCACUGAGUGCCAUGGUUAAAGAUAGUUUUUAAUAGAACCAUGUUGU